CUCAUUUUAAAUUGUUUUCGACAUUGAACAUUAAACAUGUAAAAGUAUAAAGUUUUAAAAAAGCCGUCGUUCCAGCAGUGGAAGCGUGGCCUCACUUUAAUGCAUUGCAUUCUUAUCCGCAAGGUAUCAGGGUCAGUUCGCGGCCAGUAAAAUAAUCGUUAUAUAAUAUAGAAGCUAUCGCGUGAAUUAGGUGAACUGGAAUGUUCUUUAGACCAGAAAAUAUGUUAAAUGAAGAUAUUCAGCGAUAUAAUUAUGGUUCCUGCUCCGCAAAGCUUGCGGACGUGGAGGCAAAAUACGCCGCCGCCAACGGGAUGCUUAGGGGACUGGAGCGACCCCUUUGUGAAGCAAAUGGUGACUUCAAGGGAAUGCAGUACCAAGGCUCUCAAGCGUUCUGUGUCGCUCCCGACGGCUCUGAGAUUUCUGGUUUCAUGGUCAACAGGUGGGAGGCUGCCGACAUGGACUGCCAGUGCGCACGUGACCAGUACGCCUACCAGAAAACGGGCCUCAUUGGUCGGAUGUUCUCAUGUGAUCGCUUCGGAAACUACGCCCCCACCGGAUGCACGGGUUCGGUGUGCUUUUGUCAGGAUCGUAGCGGAAAACCCAUCGGAGACGCUCGGGUCAAUAUGGGACAGCUGGACGCUCUCAACUGCUAGACAAUGAUAUUCUUCUCUACGACUGAUAACCCAUUUAUGCCUAGCAUCUAGAAAAAAAGGACUUUGCAAACAGCGUAGACCCAGACGAGACGCCGCAUGAUGCGGCGUCUCAUCAAUGUCUGCGCUGUUUGCUCACAGGAAUUUCCGUAAGAAAUAUUCUAAAUAUAGAAAUAAAUAUACUAGACAUCCCUAAUUUUGGAAAUAAAUUGAUUAAAUUUAGAAGGAUGGGAGAGUCCACUCGGCAUAAAUGGGUUAAGAGAUGUUACUUUCUAAUAUCAUAAACGCGAUUUACUGCAUUUCGUAAAACGCGUACAUGUUAUGAACAAA